ACUGAAAAAUCUUCACAAAUUAAAGGAGAAUUCUUCUAGAAGCCGUUCAUUGAGAUAAAAUCUAGAGAAUCUAACAGAAUUAUUGCUGCUGUCAUAAAAUCUAUUAAGAGAAAUCCUGCUGUCAGAAGACCAGUCUCUUUGGGGUGAACAGGUACCGCGUGCGAGCACUAGGUCUAGGUAACCACGUGAUCCUGACACUUGAUGAGACUGAUAAGAGAUGGCGAUGCAGUCGCGGGCAAGGUUGGCAUAGGAAAAGGAAGGAAAGCCCUGCUCCAAAAGCAGCAUAAGCCGUGCGAGUAGGAGAUACACUGGCGGACUUUCGAUGCCGUUUACCAAGGCGCAUAGUGAGUUGUACGUACGGGAAGCCAUUCUCGCAUCCUCGAGACCUCGACCAUACGCGCGAUAAUGGAAAAUCGUACGUGAAAGCCUGCGCAAGGUAUUCGUUGGUGAAAGGUAUGAAUCAAGAUGGCGUCUCUUAGCAAUGAUAAAGCUAUUACUAAAGAUGCUGCCGAGAAGAAACCUAAAGAGAAGAGUCUAGCAAAGGAUUUGGAAAAUGUAAGUAAGGAUAGUAAAAAUAUGCUGGAUACAUCGACUGAAGAUGCAAAGGACAAGAAGCUGGAAAUCAGUCCUGGAUCGGAUAAUUUAAAUUGUCCCAGUAAGGAAAGUAAAAAGGAGUAUAACCCAGAAGAUAUUAAAACACUGGAAACAGAGUUCAAAAAGCCAGAAAGUGAUUUGAAAAUAGAGGAAGCCAAUGAGUGCACAGCACAGGAUUCACAGCCCUUAGAUAUAAGAAUAUCGUCAUUACUGGCAAGUAAGGACACUAAAAAUGGGGAAGAGAUUCGGGUGGAGGAGGCAGCUAAAAACGAAAAGGAAGGAAAAAGAAAACGAAGGAACCCGAGUGUACAAAGCGGCGACCUAUCAUCCUCCGAGGAUGGUACCAGGAUCAAGAGGAAGAGGUCAAAGAGCGUGAGCGAUGGAUUCUGCUGGAGAUGUCACAAGGAAUCCGUGGAGGCACAGUGCAGUGCGUGUCCUCGUUCCUGGCAUCGUAAAUGCAUGGGUGGUGCGCCACCCACAUCGGUACAAAAUUGGAUAUGCGGGGAGUGCGCUACCAUCCUCAGGGCGGAGAACGCGGAGACACGUUCCCCAGCCAUGUCGCAACUGUCCGUGGAUCAAUUGUGCAUGUUGCUCAAACACGUGGUCGAAAGGAUGCGACACUAUCCCGGGUCCGAACCAUUUUGGAAAGCGGUGGAUCUGUCCGAGGUACCGAACUACCUGGACUACGUGGUGAAGCCAAUGGAUUUGUCUCUCCUGGAGUCGAACGUUCGUGCAAAACUCUACGGAAGUACGGACGCCUUCAUGGCGGAUGCCAAGUGGAUUCAGCACAACUGCAUUGUAUUCAAUACGUGUGGCGGAGUCUACGCGGACACGUCCAAACUAACGAACGCUGCCCGACAAAUAAUAAAGGCAGCGCGACAAGAGGUUUCAGAGAUAGAGGCCUGCCCGGACUGUUAUGCUCACGGUAGGAAUCUACCACGUCCCCAACCGUCCUGGUUCAUCGAGCCUUGUCGACGACCUCAUCCUCUGGUAUGGGCCAAGCUCAAGGGAUUCCCAUACUGGCCAGCUAAGGCAAUGCCCCGGGUGAACGGCCAGGGCUACGUGGACGUACGCUUCUUCGGGGCUCACGAUCGCGCUUGGAUAUCGCCCAGGGAUCUAUACCUGUACUCCGAGGACCCUCCGUCGCCGUUACCGCGAAAGCGAAAGUUGGACAUGGACGAGUGCGUUCGCGAGAUUACGCGCCAUUGUAGAAAGUUGGAAUUGGUCUUUGGGCAAUUUCGUUUCGCGCCGCCCAAGAUACAGUACAAUCCCCAGGACCCGAUGCAGAUCAAAUUGAUGCUACCCAAUUACGAUCCUCUUCAUCCUAAUAUCACUCCAGAGAUACAGACAGUGCCACCUAAGAGGAAGUCCUUGCAGAAGAAACGGGCUCCACUCUUUAGGAAAAAGGCACUGAUCAGUGAAUCCCCUACAAAUACUACGGCGGAUUCAGCUAACGACUCGGUGGCGCAACGACUGGACUCGAAUAGCGAUUGCGAAAAGUAUAUAGAGAUAAUUAGGAUAGGGAAGACAUCGACACUGGGUAAAAAAACCGAGAGAACGACGUCGUCCUCUAAGGAAGACAUCGUAGUCGCGCCAACGGGUAAGAAGCAAAAGGUGCGCAACAGAAGGAGUUCCGCGCUUGAUACACGGACUUCCGGUCAGACCGCAUCCAAAGCGUCCUCCGAGAAGGAUGCGCUGAUUAGAUUAAAACCAAGCAACGAACUAAUAAACAACGUGAUAACCGACAAAGAGAGUUCGAAGGAUGUUCCUGAGAAGAGAAAAGCUAACGCUACCAGACAGGCAUCCGCGGACAAAAGACUGUCGCAGAAGGGUGGUAGAACGUCCGAGGGUGAGUCUAAUAUAAAGAAUCCAAAUUUUAAGACUUACUCUCUGCCUGGUUCACCAGUUAACGCACCGGCAGGACUCAAGCCAAUUAAGAAUCUGGUGAGAGUUUAUAAGCCAAAGACGCGGAUGGUCAAUCAGGUCAAUGCUGAAAUGGCUAAGGAAUCAGCGACUGACGCAAAGGAGACAAAGGAGACAGGAGGAACUGUCGACAGGAUAGAGUCUAACGAAAUCCCGGCGGAAGUUGACGCGUCUACCAAUAACAGUUCCGUUUCUCCUGUGAGUUCUACGGUGCCUAUCGCGACGCCUACUACGGUACCGGAUACUACUACGAAUUCAGUCCCAAGCUCAAAGGACGUUAAACAUAAUAAUAGUCAGGCUACCCACGUCACACCCAUAUCUUCAAAUUCCACAGGGGAACAACCCCUGGCAUUCUUUUUCCUGGUGAACAACAGCAAGCCCGAGCUGAGGAAGAGGCCUGCCUCCUUAGAAAACAAUUUUCCCAGUACAGAGACUCUGGCAAUAGUGAAACAAGAGCCCAGAGAUCAUCACGCGUCGCCCCAAUCUGCUCAAAAGAGAGAAAGCAAAGCCCGGAAGUCAUUCCCAAACAAACCUCCGGUCUAUCCUCAAAUAGCACCGCGUUCCCCCCCGAAGGCGCCAUCAAGUCCACCGGACGCAAUGGUAUACAUUCCGGGUCAUAGAGAUGAGAAUGAAUUGGCUUACCAGCUACCGCCACCGGAAGCAGGACCUCUCAGUGCGCAGCUUCAUCGUGGAGCACAAGAGCUCGCAAGAAGAAUGGCCCAGCUGAUGGAGGAGGCCCUGAGGGAGUCGGCGCAGACUGGUUUAAAUCCUCAGGACGAUCCUGGUGACAAUGGACAAGCCACAAUACAUUUUUUGAAAUUACAAAUUGAACGCAUGAGAUGGCAACACCAACAACAGCUCACAGAGCUCAAGCACAAUACAGAUCUGACCCUCAGAGAGAUGAGAGCCAGCUUAGAGGCAGAGAGACAUCGUGCAGUGGAGGAGGCACGUCGUCAGGCCGAGGAGGAGAAGUUACGUUCCGUAGAAGAGACAAAACGGAAGCAAUGGUGCGCCCUUUGCGGAAACGAGGCACUGUUCUACUGCUGCUGGAACACAGCGUACUGCGACUACCCUUGCCAACAGGCCCACUGGCCGUCCCACAUGAGAACCUGCGCCCAGAAACCUCCCCAAAAUACAAUCCUAGGAACAACCGCGACGAACUCCAACAACAAUCAGCAGCAGAAUGGUAAUAGUGCCAAGACGUGCAGCCCUGCUGGCAGGGUUUACACCCUACAGAAUGGUGAGGUAAAAGUGAUGCCGACUUCCUCACCCUGUACGUCGCACGCGUUACCCAUCAAGGCACUAAAGGUUCAUCAGCACUGAAUUGUUUCACUAAUUGAAAAAAAAAAAAAAAGACAAACUAUCCGACGCCUUUACCAGAAAAGUUGCUCCAGAGGAGACAAAAAACAAAAAGAAAACAGCUAAACACUAUGAACUAUUUUGACAAUGCGUUUUAGUAUGUCGCUCACAUUGUAAAUUCGCAAUACAACAAAUCUGACAAGUAUAGAAUUCUCACUCUUAAAAAGCAAUGUUUGUCAAACGUAAAACAGACUAAAAUUAAUAUUUAAUGUAGAAUUAAUGCGUGAUGUGAAAAUUUUUCUUUUGUUUUUUACACGCACACACGCAUAUAUAUAUGAAUUCUAUUCAUGCAUUGAUCUAUGAGAGUAUGGUACUUACCGAUUCUCCAGGUAUACAGGAUUGUAUCGCACCUGUACCUGACUCUAAGCAGACUGUACCUUCAUAGCAUUUUUCUCCUUUUUGUUUUUCUCUUCCCCUUCAAUUACUUCUAACGAUGCGAAGGUUCAUAGGUCAAUGGACGGGAUAUUGUGCGCAAAGGAAAAAAAGGAGUAUAUAUAUAUAAUAAGAAUAAUAAUAAUACAAUGAGAGAAUAACGAGUUUUGAAGAAAAAAUUGAUUAGUUAAUUGAAUACCGAACAACCUUUCUGGCAUCGACGUUGUAAUCCUGUGUAGAUAUGUACCCGUUAUAAUUAUAAAUAAUUGAGUACGCGUUAUCACCUUUUUCGUAUCAAAGGUAUACUAUUGAGCCUAAGCUCAGACUCAAGCAUUCAUUAUUGCUCGCAGUACUAUUAAUAAGUAAAUAAAUAAAAAAAAAAA